CUCGGCAGAUCACUCACAAACCGAACACGCAACAUCAUGAGCGGAUCAUCCUCGUCGUCCAGAGAAGCUGCCGUCGUUCGUAUGUUCGAAAUGGUCACCGCGUCCCAUUGGACGGCAAGAAGCAGCGAAUCGAAUGUCGUCGACGAUCUCCGGCCCCUUCUGCUAAUGAUGGACAUCGGCAGCUGCGCCUCGGCCGAAAAGCACACUCGUGUAAACUGCGUGACGGCAAGCAUGGGAGAUGUCGUCAUCGAGCACUACCCCCGCAUCGGAGAGCUUCUAGAGCUAAGAGCGGCACCCGUCAGCGUCGGGAGAACCAGCCUUGACAUUUCCGUCCUGGUUGUGGCCCAUGGGUGCAACGAAUCCAACGGAUCGGCCGAAACGAAGCAGGUCUGCGAGGCCUUUUUUACGUAUGUAACCACGAGGGGGCCCGAUGGGAAAAAACGCUUUGCUCCACCUCUGGCAGCGAGGGAAGGAACGGGGAGCUAUGCGUGCGAGAAAACAUGGGAGCGGACCAUGGCGCAGUUUCGAAAGCAACUCAUCCGCUCCGAGCAGACCCUUGUCAAGCGCCAUAACAACCAUCUGCUGGAAGAGCAGCGAUCCGGCGGUAACGACGCCGCCCCUUCUGCCUUGGCGAUAUUCGAGUGCAGCGAGGUCGUCCUCCCCCGCCACCAAAACCAUAUGGAGCAUCUCUUCGGAGGCAUCGUCAUGGGGUGGAUGUGCAAAUCCGCCCUGGCCGGCUGCGUUCUGGCCUGCCGAAAACCUCCUUCCGCCUUUCGGAUCCGGAGCAUCCAGCGGGUGGACUUUCCGAAGGGGGCCGAUGUCCAGGACCACGUGGUGCUGCGGCCCCGGAUCACUGCGAUCUUUGACGGCGGUCGCCAUGCCGAGGUCGAGGUGAGGGUCACGAAGCGGUCCAUCACCCGCGAGCAGCCGGAGCCUUCCAGCGGGGAAGCCCUCAUGAAUGUUGGUCAUUUCUACGUGACGGGGGUAUCCUCCUAUGAACAGGCUGGCUCGAAGAGGAGGAGUGACAUUGGUAACACGGACGGUGGCCCCGAAGAGAAGCUAUCGUGUGCGGUGGCCCCGUUUGCGGACCUCUUGAAUAAACGGAGCGACCUGUAUGGAUCAAAUCCCAAGGACAAGCCCUCCCUCGAUCUCGAAAUGGCUCGCGAACGAUUGAACGCCUUGCUGACCCGGAUGAAUCUCCUGGCGGGCAUAGGAGAUUCCAUUCGAUGGGACGCAUCGAUGGAGCUGCAGGCCCCUAUUCUAACCAUCUUGUCGGUGCUGCGGCUGUGCGACGAUUACAUCGAGGAGUCGACUUCAACAUACAGUAGCAACGGCAGAGGCGUCGAUGAGAAUCACAGCGGUCCAAUCUGGACGGUCCCGGAUCUUCUGUUAUCACACAACCCACCCAACACCACCGUCGAAUGGGCCAGGGGGGAGGAGUCACUUUUCGGCCACAGCAACACCUUUUUGCUGCGGGGCAAAACCGUUGUGUCCCGACGGCGCCCAGUGGAACCAAAUCUUUCCGGCAGCGGCUUUCUAGAAGCCGUCUAUGCAACCAUCCGCGACAAGCGCCCGGAGUGGGACCCGGCUUGCAUGGCUAUCGAGUGCCUGGAGCGAUCGAGCGACAAAAACACGGAGGCGGAGAACGGAAAGGAAGCUCUGGAGUGGGCCGUUGUAGAGUACCAAAUGAAGUCGGCAAUCGCUGAUUUCCGACUCUGUCUGCUCCAGGCGGGUGCCUACCUAAGGAGAGAUGGAAGCAUUGCCGGCUCGGGCGAAGACGACGACGGCGACGGCGACUCGACCCAGGAGGAGAACACGAGCGCGGUGCUGGCCUCGCGGAGCGUCCGCCACCAGCGUUCCAAAGGGACCCAUCGGGUCCUCCCUUCGGGCUGGGUCCUCAAGACCAUGGAAGAUGAUGGCGAGGACAACGACGAAGCCAAAACAACAGACGAGCGCCUCGAAAUAACCUAUGUUGCGGAGGUAAGCAAUCAGGGAUGUUUUAUCAUCAUGCAAACGAGAGCGAUGCAGCAUGGUUUGGUAGUUCUGAUCGGAGAAAGCAUACACGGAAAGCAAGCAAUCAACGGCUAGUGUAGCAAUUGUUGUACUUGAUGCAUUCCGUUCUUUUGCAAUUUUGUUUAUUGAAAAGUAUUUAUCUCAUCUCAUCGUUUCGUCCGUUCCUUCUGUUUAUUGCCGCACACGACACGACAUACCGACAACGAUGAUCACAAUCCAAUCAUCCCCUGCCCGCUCUCGCAGUUUGAUUACGACACGGUGCGCCAAUCCGGAGCGCUAAAGGGGCACGAGGAUUACGCAACCGAGGAAUUAAUCGCUGGUUACGUGGGUUUGUUCGUCGGUCAAUGGUUUGAAAAUCUCGCAUCCUUCUACCAUUACAGAUCAAACGAUGGCGACUAAUGCAAUAGUAUUACAACUAUUACAGUAUAGUUGUGCUUUGUAGUAUGUUAAAGUUGAAAACUCGUGAACUAGUAUAUGGUGCUUUGGAGGAGGAGUAUUAAGAGAGACUCGAAUGCGUGUCGUUGUGGCAGUGUUCGAGAAAACAGCGAAGAACAGGAGUAACAAUGAGAGGCUGUUGGUAUUUCUACUAAUAAUAGGGUGCCUCCUAGCUUUGUCUAUUUCGUUGGUAUUUCGUUCUGUUUGAAGAGGACUAGUAGUACUGUACUGUACUUGUAUUUCAUAUUGCGGCUUCUACUAUACUAGUACCGGAAUGGGAGGCAUUGUAUUGUUACUUUUUCGUUUUAAGUAGUACGUACCGUAUAUACAAUACGUACGAUAUCGGAGGGCUGCAUUUGUUGUGCUUUUGACACAGCACAUAAUUACUCCCCCUUCUUGCCAAAAAUAACGGUCAUUUUCGAAGUUUGGGAAAGACUUUGAAAUCUACGGGAAACACCAAGGAACAUUUUUUUAACUGUCAAAUAGAAUCUUUCAAAAAUAAGUUUCCCGUAGGUUCCAUACUUUGAAUGACGGCAUGCAUCACGCACACCUCCCCUUUCAUACCAAACAAAAUUGAAACGAAAAAGGCACAAAACGGAUCGUUAGGAACUCUACUACUACUCGUACCGUACGAGAAGGCAUAAAACACAACCGAGUCGUUGCUCGUUCUCGUAACUCGUACUGGUACUCGUCAGUACGGUAGGGAGUUUACAACCUGCUGCCUUCGUCCCGAGCGAGAAAUUGGUUGUUCCUCUCCGACGACACCAACCCCUGCAUCGGAAUAGAAAGUCUAGUCUCUCGCAACCGAAUUCCAUUCCAUAGUACCGAUAUCGCAUCGACCGAUUUGCAUCAACAACAUACGGUAGGCAAAGCAUUAUUGUUCGGUAGAGGACUGGGUUUGAUUCAUGCAUACAUUCAUUCGUUGCUCCGAACGCUAGAAAGAUAACAAUACGAUAACAUCGAAUCGAUCGGUAGGAACCCAACGAAACGACGGAUCGGGAGUCAUUCCGACACAAUAACGCACGACACAGCGGUUCGUACGCAACCUACGCUACCCAAACAGACCAACCAAUACCAAAGAUCACGGGACGAUACCAUGGCAGACCCCAUGACUAGCGGCCCGAUGGCCACCAUUCUCCAAAAAACGGAUCCCUUUGUGCUGGACCAAACGAUAGAGCAGCUGGAGGCUCUCUCCCCCGGGGCGUCGGCGUCGGCAAACCUCCCGAUGGGGGUCGGCCGGGAGGCAACGUCCCCCCGCCCCUUUCUGGAGACCUCCUUCAACAAGGGCGACAGCGGGGGCUUUCGGGAGCCCUGGAAGGCCGGAUACAAGACGAACCCGGGUGUUGUCGACCCCGAGGUCGCCGAGCUGGAGGCAUCGGCCAACGAGGUCUGGGACGCCUACCGGCAGCUGUACUACGGAACGGGCUCCGUCGGGAGCGUCUAUGUCCGCCGCCGCGGGGACGAUUCUUCCGCUGCGGCCUCCGGGGGGAGCAGCCCGGCCAAGAAAGCAAGCAAGGGCAAGGCCGCCCUGGAGGCCCUGUUUGGAAUCCGGAAAUCCGUCGCAAACGGCGGCAACGACGACGAUUUCGACGACGACGACUGCGAGACCACGGAAACCGCCCUGUGGGAGAGUGUCCACCUGGUGUCCAUCGAGGCCCCGAGCGCGGACGGGAAAUCGUGCGAGUACCGGAUCCGGUCGAGGGUGUGGUGCCGGUACAAGCCCCUGGACGUCGGCGACGUCCCGAAAAAGGACCGGCCCCCGCCCCCGAGGAAAAAAAAGCCGGAAGCCGCGCAGGAGAAGCAGGCCCCUCCCAAGCCCAAGAAAACGGCAAAGGCCCUGGACGUGGCCCGCCUCGAGAUCUUUGACAGGGCCGCCGACAACUGGGACAGCCACCACAAGGGCAAGAAGAAGAACGGAGGACCACCGAAACCAAAGCCACAAGCAUCGAGGGUGAAGCCCGGGGUCCCCCUCGUCCCCGCCACGGUCACCUCUUCGGCGGUGUACACGAAGGAGACCACCAAGGUCUGCACCAUUGUCGGGGCCAAGAAGGCCGGUGCCGGGGGCCUCUUCAAGGUCCCCCCCGAGCAGCACAUUUGCAACCUCGGUGCCAUGAUCGAGAAGAUCGAGGCCGACCUCCGGUCCAAGAUGGAGCGGGUCGAUGCCCCCCGCUGUUCCGAGAUAUUGACCAGCAUGUACCGGCCGACCCUCUCCCCGGGCCUGAGGCUCCCGGCCCGGGGGGGGGGCAUGGUGUCCAGGCUCGGCGGCCACGCGGUGGGCAUGGGGGUCGGCCGGGCCCUCGUCGGAGAGAUUGCCCUCCUGGCCCGGUCCAAGGGCCUCGGCGGAGGGACCGGGGAAACCACCGGCGCUCCGGCCACCAACGCGGCCAUGGAGGGCCUCCUGGCCCGCGAGAGGAACAAGCUGGUUUCGGCUUCGGCUUUGGGUUCCGAGCCAAGAGGCCCCUUGUCCGGCCUUUCGAAGACGGCCUCGCUGCGCGGGGUUGGCACGCAGGUGCUCCCGAGCGGCCUUGCGCCCGGGGACCUGCGAUCGAGGCUCAAAAAGACCAAGAGCGCCCCGAGGUCGUCCUCGUCGUCCCUGUCGUCGGAAACGGCGCAAGCGGUCCCCUCGGCGGACUUUGCCAGGUUUCGAAACAACCUCAAGUCGAUCAAGUAGGUCGGAGCCAAGCAGAGCCAAGCACGGCAGAGCCAAGAAGAGCACGGCAAAACAGCGAACGAAAAGACGGGUGGUCUCAGAAGAAGAACUUUUGCAACGGUCCAUCGCGAACAGCAUUCUGUGUGCGCUCCGGGCUGGCGGUCCAUCCUCUGGCGGCACUGGGUUGCAACACGGCAAGAUUGCUCCACUAGAUUAUUAUUCAGCAUUAAUAAGAAACGAAUUUACAC